AUGAUUACACUUGCGGAAAUUAGACAGCAGGACAUUAUGAAUAAGACGAAGGACCUAUUUGGCCCAAUUUAUGCUCUGCGUCCAGAAAUGGAUAUUGUUUGUGAGAGGGGUACAUUCGCUAAUGAAAACCCUCGCAACCAGGUCCUCAUCGACAAGAUCAGGAGGGCUCUGCCCGAUUAUGACAGUGCCAGCCUCCAUUUGAAGGGAAGGGGUGCAAUGAUCACUGAUUUCUUUACACAAGUUACAUCUGGAGGUGGAAGAUUCCUUAUGAGGAUCCAUGAAACAACGCAAGAAUGGAAAGAAAUCAAUGAUAAAGCUAGAAGGGACAAGAUUUCAUAUCUGUUUAGGGACGAAGCGAGGAAGGCGAGGAACGUUGAAGCCUCCUUUGCUGCCCUCGAGAAUGUUGCGGUUUGA